AUGAAUGAUCCUAUUAAUGCUAAUCCAACAAUUAUAGAUGUGACAAAUUUACCCACAAGAUUGGAUAAUAAUAGUACUAAUAAUAAUAAUAGCAAUAAUAAUAAUGGUAAUAAUAACAUUCAAGAAACUUAUAAAUUCAAUGGAAACAAUAAAGGAAUAGUAUCACAACUUGUUUCUUUAUCAUUAUUAAAUCCUCUUGAUGAAUCACCUGAAUCAAUAGAUGAUACUUCAUCAUCAUCAUCAUCAUUAGAAGAAGAAGAGGAAGAGGAAGACAAUGAUUUUGAUCCAAUAGAUGAACAAGAAAUUUUUGAUCUUAUAGCCACCAUAUCUGAUCCAGAACAUCCAUUAACAUUAGCUCAAUUAGCCGUAGUAAAUUUAUCCGACAUUAAAGUAAUCAAUAACCACCAUGGUGAUGGUGGUGAUGGUGAUGGUGAUGGUGGGAUAUCAGAAGUAUUAAUUAAAAUUACUCCAACUAUUACUCAUUGUUCAUUAGCAACAUUAAUUGGAUUAGGUAUAAGAGUUAGAUUAGAUCGUAGUUUACCAUCAAGAUAUAGAAUUAAAAUAUUAAUUAAAGAAGGUACUCAUCAACUGGAAAAUCAAGUUAAUAAACAAUUAAAUGAUAAAGAAAGAGUAGCUGCUGCUUGUGAAAAUGAUCAAUUAUUAAAUGUUAUACUGCAAAUGUUAAGUACAUGUAAAUAA